GCUGGAUUUGUGUUCCUUGCAGUGAUUUCAUCAAUUCUUGUCGUUCUAUUUGGGAAAGUCCGUGAGCCCAGGCCUGUUUCAUGGUCUUCUAAGUUUCAUGCGACGUGGCCAUAAAACUAUCGAAGUUCAUGAUUACUCGCAAAAAAUCCGGACAAAGCCUUUACUGUCUAUUGUCUAAAUCUCUUUGAUUCUGUGAUCAUCCCAGUUCUUGUUAGAUACGCGUUUUCCAAGCAAGAUGACCAAUCAAGGGGUCAAGUUGCAAAACCUGACAAGGAUGUCAGGAUUGAUCUCUGAUCUGUAUGACACGGGCAAAUACACUGAUAUGACAGUCAAGUGUCAAGGGAAGGAAUGGAAGGUUCAUAGAGCAAUCGUUUGUUCUCAAUCAAAGCCGCUUGCUGCUGCUAUGGAUGGGAAAUUCAAGGAAGCAAGCUCUGGGGUAAUCGAUCUCGGUGCAGAAGAGCCAGAGAUUGUGGAGCUCUUUCUCAAAUUUCUCUACACGGCGAAUUAUUCGGACGGCAGGCAUUCAACGUCGGAUAGCCUCAGCCGUUCUAUGUUUGAAUUCGAUUCUACCGUUAUCUCUGGUACUACUUCCACCACCCCGACUGGUUCACCUAACGCAACCCCAAUAUUCUGUCGCUCAAAUAAUGGCUCAAAUGGCACACUGUUGUCCAAUCCGUCGCAGUCAAAUGCAAACCCUCGUGGAGAAGCGGUAGCAACACCUGCAGCAACCCUUUUAUACCAACCAAAAGCCCUCGUAACCAAUGCCAAAGUGUACAUCCUAGCCGAACAAUACGAUGUUCAACUGCUAAAACAUAUUGCACUAAACAAAUACGGCAAGAUUUUACCGCACACUUGGAAUAGUAUCUCGUUCGUUGAAAGUCUGCGGCUUAUAUACGAUGGAACUCCCGAUGGUACAGAGAUGGAUAUGUUGCGAAAAGCGGCUACGCAGGUUGCGGGUGAGCAUGCUAAAGAAUUGAUGCGCAGAGAAGAAUUCCGUGCUCUUUGCAAGGAGCGGGGCGACAUUGCUUCUGAUGUGAUGGAGGCUACCUGGGCCCCGAAACAAGAGCCGCAACAACCGCCGAGUGCUUCUAGCGGCCGGUUUAACUUGCAUAACUUCCAUUUGCCAAAGUGCAAUGCCAAUGCUGAGCAUAAGGUUGAAUUUGUGCCGAUGGGAUUUACCAUCACUUCUCAUUACAGGUGUGCAACCUGCCAUUCUUUCAUUAUCUAAAGAUGGUGAAGGGAGCCUGUUAAGGGUCUUUCUUCCUGA